UGAUCUAAUUUCAAACCAUAGACACAUGCGUCAACUGUCAAACCAAAGAUGAAGACGAGUGUUGGUCAAAAUUUAUGUCAGCUAGUGUUGAUUAAUUAAUUUAUUAAUAAAUUUUAGUUGGAGAAAAACAGGCUGAAUUAUGUCUGAAAGGUCGAAAUCAAGGAAAAGGAGUAGAGAUAAAUCUCGUAAACAAAAAUAUCGUGAUGAAUCUUCAGAUAGUAGCAGUUCGAGUUCCUCGAGCACUUCCAGUAGUGAUGCAGAGAUACAUCUGCUAAUGAAAUUGGAAAAAGAAAGGAAAAAAGCUUUGGAAAUUCGUAAAAAGCAAAAAGAACUGCUUAAGGCUAAAGAGACUCCAGAAGAAAAAAGAUUAAGACGCUUGAAAAGGAAGCAGGAAAAAGAAAAAAAAAUCAAGGAGAAAAUGGGUUGGGAUAACGAAUAUCUGCAUUAUACCAAUUCUGAUAAUCCUUUUGGAGAUGGUGAAUUAUUAUCUACGUUUGUGUGGAAGAAAAAGCUCAAUAAAGAGGGUUUGGUGGGCAUAACUAAAGAAGAGUUGGAAAUGCGUAAUAAGUUCAAACAAGAGGAGAAUAAAAGAGAACUUGAAAAAGUGAAAAAACGAAGAAUGGAAAGAGAUUUGGAGAAACAAAGAAAGGAGGAAGAAGCACUGAUUGCACAAAGAAACAAAGAAGCAACUCAAUUUGAAGAAUGGGAAAGACAGGAAGAUACUUUCCAUUUGGAACAAGCCAGGCUUAGGUCACAUAUAAGAAUUCAAGAUGGACGUGCUAAACCUAUAGAUUUAUUAGCAAAAUAUAUCAGUGCAGAGGAAGAGGUAGACGCUGUAGAAAUGCAUGAGCCUUAUACUUACCUUAAUGGUUUGCUUACCAAGGACUUGGAGGACCUAGUAGAAGAUAUUAAAGUUUAUAAGGAAUUAGAAAAGGGUAAAAAUAUUGAUUAUUGGAACGACAUUACUAUUAUAGUUGAAGAUGAACUACAAAAAUUGAGAAAAAUUGAACAUCAGAAUGAGAUGGACAUAGCUCUCAAUAGAAGAGAAGGAAUACAUCAAUCUGUUGCUUCAGAUGUAACAAGUGUUUUUAAAGGUAAAACAUCUAGCCAGUUGGCUGCUCUCCAAAAACAAAUUGAAUCGAAAAUAAGUAAUAAGACUGAUGGAAUUGAUAUUGGAUACUGGGAAUCGUUAUUAUCCCAACUCAAAGCCCAUAUGGCAAGAGCAAGACUACAAGAUAGACACAAAGAGAGUCUGCAUAGAAAAUUACAAGUCCUGAAGGCCGAACAAGCAGUUUCUUCAAGUGCUACAACAAGCAAUAUGAAAACAGAAGAGACUGAUAACUCUUCUGACACUGAGGAAAACGAGGAUAAUUUUGUAUCUCCCCUGGAUGAAUGCUUUAAAGCUUAUGAAGCAGGUGGAUACAGUCCCAAAUUAUUAUCUGUGGAUGAUAUUGAAUUGGGGACAAUAGUUUUUGCUGAAGAAGAUGAUUUGAAAAGACUAGAAUUCACUAGGCAGCAAGUAGUAGACAGUGAUAAUAAAACAGAUAAUAUUACAACAAAAGAAGAAAAACUUCUUCAAAUUGAAGCAAGAAAAGGAAUGGGUGAAGACGAAGCUCAAUUUUCAGUUGAAGCAUCACUCGAUAAUCAAGUCUACUUGUGGUCAGACAAGUACCGACCAAGAAAACCUAGAUAUUUCAACAGGGUCCAUACAGGCUUUGAAUGGAACAAAUAUAAUCAGACGCAUUACGAUAUGGACAACCCACCACCAAAAAUUGUGCAAGGUUAUAAGUUCAACAUUUUUUAUCCAGAUUUAAUAGACAAAAGUGCCACACCAGAAUAUUUCUUGACUACAUGUCCAGAUAGGGAAUUCUCUAUUUUGAGGUUUCAUGCUGGACCACCAUAUGAAGAUAUAGCAUUUAAAAUAGUCAACAGAGAAUGGGAAUAUUCAUAUAAGAGAGGGUUUAGGUGUCAGUUUCAUAACAAUAUAUUUCAGUUAUGGUUUCAUUUCAAGAGAUACAGAUAUAGGAGAUAAAUUUAUUUACUUUUUACUAAACUGUUUGAUGUAAAUAUUGUGUGUAUGUAAAUAUUUUAAUAUAUUUUUUCACCAUU